AUUCGGAUCCGAGGGUUUAGGGUUAUCGGGAUCCAGCCCCAAAAUUUCUUCCGGCGAUUCAUCUCCUUCAACCAUCCCCGCCAUCCGACCCGUCGUGAUGUUGAAGUUUCUGUCGAAGGUGCGGGUGGAGUUCAAUGCGCUAGACCCACGGAAGGCGGCGUGUGUGGAGAUCCUGGCGCUGUGCAACGGCCGCAAGGCCAAGGAGUCCAACCCCGCUUGCCAGGUCGAGCUGCAGCGACGCACGGAUGACAGCCCACCACGGGUAGUCGUAACCUACGUCAACGGUGUCGAAGAAGUUAUCGACGCAGCCGCUACUCCUGCCCAAGUCAUCCGCAAGCAGAUACUCGACCGGGGGCAACUCCUAGAAACCGAGCAAAUGUUCCGUGAAGCCGGAGUUGUGUGGCCCGUGCUCAUCCCCGAGGAGGAGAUCCACCAGUCAUUCCCGGGUACUAAGUUCGAGACUACCAUUGUGUUUGAAGACCUUUCAAUAGUCAACAUGGGAUUAUGAGACUACCAUUGUGUUUAUGAUGCUCAAAACUCUUAUCUUAUGAUUUUGACAAAUGACAAUAGAAGACCAACAAUGUGGAUCAUCAAAAUGUUUUGGCCGAAACAUUUUUGAGACCACUAUUAUCUUUAUGAUGCUCCCAAGUGAUGUAGCACAAGAAGAGAUUGAAUGUUGGGAGGAAUACUUUCAGACUUUUGGUGUUCAAAAUGAUAAAAAAUAAGAUUAUCAUUCAAUUCUCUAUACUCUGAGGAAAGAUAUAAAAUAUUUUAAAAAGUUAUCUUGAAAUAUGAGGUAUGUCCAUUUAUUCUCUAUACUCUAAGGAAAGGCUUGUCAUUUUUCAUUAUCUUCAAUAAUACGAUGAUUAUUUAAUUAAACAUAAGUUUCAUGCUGGUAGUUGCUACAACUAUUUUCUUU